GUAAUGUUGCUUCGAAAACUCCGAUCUUGAGAUCAAAUCCACAUUGUGCCAAAAAUAAGGUAUUUUUCUCGUCUACAUGAUUUUCCUUGAUUCAUUAUAUAGUCGGGUAUGUCCAAGAAUCUCAGAAGAAAAUAACUUUUGAAAAGGAAACAAAAUAAUAAAAAUGAGAGUGGCGGUGAUCGGAGGUGGAGUUUGUGGAUUAGGAAGUGCCUACGUUCUUGCAAGAGAAGAUGGAAUGGAGGAGGUGGUGUUGUUCGAAAAGGAGUUUCUUUUGGAAGGCCAUGCUAAAACGAUGCGUCUCGAUAGCGUUGAUUUAGACGUUAGAUUCAUAGUCUUUAGCCCUGUUAUGAAUCCGAACAUGAUGGAGUUCUUUAAGAACUUAGGAGUAGACAUGGAGGUUUCAGACAUGUCUUUCUCAGUGAGGCUCGACAAUGGCAGAGGCUGCGAAUGGGGAACCCGCAAUGGACUUUCAAGCUUGUUUGCUCAGAAGAGAAACAUUCUCAACCCUUUUUUCUGGCAAAUGAUUACAGAAAUUAUGAAGUUUGAAGAUGACGUACUAAAAUAUAUCGAAGAUCUGGAGCGUAACCCUAGUGCUGAUCAAAAUGAAACCUUGGGAGAGUUUCUAAAGUCUCAUGGAUACUCUGCCUUGUUUCAGCAGGCUUACUUUGUACCAGCAUGUGGUUCCAUAUGGACAAGCCCACCAGACAGUGUUCUUAACUUUUCAGCUUACUCUGUCCUGUCUUUUUGCCGCAACCACCAUUUACUUAAGAUCUUUCCCAGGCCACAAUGGCUUACUAUUGCAGGAGGUUCGGAGAGUUUUGUCACAAAGGUUAGGGCAGAACUGGAGCAGCGAGGAUGUAAGAUUCGAACAAGUUGCAAUGUACAAUCUGUUACAACUUCUGAGGAUGGUUGCGUCUUAGUAACAACUGAAGAUGGAUCUCAGGAAGUAUUCGAUAGGUGUAUAUUAGCUGUGAACGCACCAGACGCUCUGAGAUUGCUCGGAGAAGACGCCACGUCUGAUGAAGCCAGGGUUCUUGGUGCUUUCCAAUACGCUUACAGUGAUAUUUAUCUCCACCGCGACACUGAUCUGAUGCCGCGGAAUCGUGUUGCUUGGAGCGCUUGCAAUUUCUUAAGAAGUUCUGAAAAUAAAGCAAGCCUUACAUAUUGGCUCAAUAUAAUUCAGACUCUUGGAGAGGAACAUGAUCCAUACUUUCUCACAUUUAAUCCUGAAGUUACCCCAAAUAAGACAUUGUUUAAGUGGACCACUGGUCGUCCUCUGCCAUCUGUUUCUGCUUGGAAAGCUUCACAAGAGUUAAACAACAUUCAAGGGAAGCGCGGUCUAUGGUUCUGUGGUGCAUAUCAAGGCUAUGGUUUUCAUGAAGAUGGGCUAAAGGCUGGUAUGACGGCUGCACAAAGUCUGCUAGGGAAAGAUAUGGUUCCUCCUCUGAGCAAGCCAAAACAUAUGGUUCCAUCUCUAACCGAAAAAGGGGCUCGGUUUUUAUUUACUAGAUUCUUGAGACAUUUCAUAUCAACCGGUUGUGUAGUAGUAUAUGAAGAAGGAGGAACAAUGUUCACUUUCAAAGGAAAGGAUUUGAGAUGUAACUUAGAAUCUGUCAUAAAGAUUCACAGUCCUCAUUUUUACUGGAAGGUUAUGACACAUGCAGAUUUAGGACUUGCCGAUGCUUAUAUAAAUGGAGAUUUCUCGUUUGCCGAUAAAGAUUCAGGACUUAUCAAUUUGAUCAUGGUUCUCAUUGCUAACAAAGAAUUGAACUCAAAGAACUUAAAUCUUGCUAAGAAAAGAGGUUGGUGGACACCUAUGUUUAUGACUGCUGGUCUAACAUCUGCAACACAUUUCCUAAAGCAUUUCUCUAGGAAGAACACUUUAACUAAAGCUCGAAGGAACAUUUCACGUCACUAUGACCUUAGCAAUGAGCUUUUUUCUCUAUUCUUGGAUGAUACCAUGAGUUAUUCUACUGCGGUAUUCAAGCCAGACGAUGAGGAUCUGAAAACUGCACAGAUGAGAAAAAUAUUUAUUUUAAUUGAUAAGGCGAGAAUAGAGACGAAUCAUGAGGUUCUAGAGAUUGGAUGUGGAUGGGGAACUUUGGCCAUAGAAGUUGUGAGAAAAACUGGAUGCAAAUACACUGGCAUUACACUAUCUAUCGAACAGCUUAAAUAUGCAGAAAAAAAGGUUAAAGAAGCUGGACUUGAGGAUCGGAUUACAUUUAAGCUUUGCGAUUAUCGCCAACUAUCUGAUGCUAAAAAAUAUGACAGAAUCAUAUCUUGUGAGAUGAUAGAACAUGUUGGCCACGAGUUUAUGGAUACAUUCUUCAGUCACUGUGAAGCUGCGCUUGCAGAAGACGGCAUCUUUGUCUUGCAGUUUAUAUCGAUACCGGAAGAGCGUUACAAUGAAUACAGACUAAACUCAGAUUUCAUAAAAGAAUACAUAUUCCCUGGUGGAUGCCUUCCUUCUUUAGCCAGAGUUAUUUCUGCAAUGGCUUCUUCUUCAAGGUUGAGCAUUGAGCAUGUUGAGAACAUUGGGAUUCAUUACUACCAAACGUUGAGAUGCUGGAGGAAGAACUUCUUGGAAAAUCGAAAACAAAUCAUGGAUCUUGGAUUCGAUGAUAAGUUCAUAAGGACGUGGGAAUAUUAUUUCGACUAUUGUGCAGCUGGUUUCAAGACUCUUACUCUUGAAGACUACCAGGUAGUGUUCUCACGUCCGGGGAAUGUGGCUGCAUUCGGAGAUCCAUUCCGUAACUUCCCUUCUGCUCAUAAUUAGUAGAAGAACCUUCUCAAUACUUUUAAAGUACUAUUCUCGGUUCUUGUGCUGUUUCAUA